AUGUUCGUCAGUGGACUCAAAGCCUCAAAACACGCCGAUGUUCGAGCAAGACUUCUUUCGAUCCUGGAACAUGAGAAACCUGAAGCACCAGCCACUCUCCAGUCGUUAAUUGACGAGUAUCAACGCCUCAUCAACCUGAAGGAAGACACAAGCAUCAUCGAACAGCAAACCAGUUCGAAGUCAGCGGUUCACGCCAUCAGGGACAGGAAGGGUUCAGCGUCUCAGAACAGUUUCUCGAAGUCAGAAAGUAAGAAGCCGAAGACACCUUGUUGGCAGUGCGGCCAAAUGCACUUUGUGAAGGAAUGCGUUUUCAACAACCACCUCUGCAGAGACUGCAACCGUGUCGGCCAUAAGGAAGGAUACUGUUCCUGCUCCAAGAAAUCAUCAAAUCCGGCUAAGACCACACCAUCAACCAUCAGCAAGAAGCGAAAGAAGGGGAAAUCCAGUGUUGAAGCCAAAGGCGUGUUCGUUGUCAACCACAUUGAACACCGGGAAAACAAGCGGAAGUUCGUUACCGUGGCGAUCAACGGAGUACCAGUCCCUCUUCAAAUCGAUUCGGCCAGCGACAUCUCCAUUGUUUCGGAAACUGUCUGGAAGCAACUCGGCAAGCCGGCGAUCAAUCCAUCAUCAAGCCAAGCCUCAAACGCAUCGGGUGAUCCACUAUCUCUAGUCGGUGAGUUUGAAUGUGAAGUAUCCAUCAAAGGAGAAACGAAGCGAGGCAGAUGUUUCGUCACAUCCGUACGUGAUCUGAAUCUGAUGGGCAUUGAAUGGAUUGACUUGUUCAACUUCUGGUCAAUUCCGUUUGAUUCCAUUUGCAAUCAAAUCGUGAUGCCUUCCAAACGUGAAAUCGAUCGAGAGAUUCAGCAGCUGAAACUCAAGCACAAAGAAGUUUUCAACGAGACCCUUGGACUGUGCAACCGCACUAAGGUACAGCUGCAUCUCAAGCCCGGAAGUAAGCCAGUUUUCUGCCCAAAACGACCCGUUCCGUUUCAUUCCGUACCGUUGGUUGAUGCUGAACUCAAUCGUCUUCAAAGCCUAGGAAUAAUCACACCUGUGGAUUUCUCGGAGUGGGCAGUCCCCAUCGUAGCUGUGAAGAAACCGGAUGGCAGAGUUCGCAUUUGCGUGGAUUACUCGACAGGCCUGAACAACGCUAUGGAAGCCAACAACUAUCCCCUGCCGGUACCAGAAGAAAUUUUUGCCCAGCUGGCAGGAUGUCAAGUCUUCAGUGUGAUCGACCUGUCCGAUGCGUAUCUUCAAUGCGAAGUAACCGAAGAUUCUAAACAACUUCUGACGAUCAACACGCAUAGAGGAUUGUUUCGCUUCAACCGCCUGGCCCCAGGAGUCAAAUCAGCGCCAGGGGCAUUCCAACAAAUGAUAGAAACAAGGACUGGAAAUCUCAUGCUGAAUAAGUUGCUGCAAAGACUGACGGAUUGCGGAUUUCAUCUGAAAAUUCAAAAAUGCAAGUUUUUCCAAACUGAAGUCCGUUACCUAGGCCACAUCACCGAUCGCAAUGGUAUCCGCCCUGACCCCGAGAAAGUGGAAACAAUCUCGAGCAUUCCCCCACCAACGAACGUAUCCGAGCUGAGGUCCUAUCUUGGCGCCGUGAAUUACUAUGGCAAAUUCGUACGGAAUAUUCACGAGCUGCGUCAUCCCCUGGAUCAGCUGCUGCGCAAGGACGUCAAGUGGAACUGGAGUGCCGAUUGCCAGCGAUCAUUCGAACAAUUCAAGGAAGUGCUGAAAUCCGAUCUUCUCCUGACCCACUACAAUCCGAAACUCCCAAUCGUCGUAGCUGCAGAUGCAUCAAAAACUGGAAUCGGUGCCGUAAUUUUCCACAAGUUUCCGAACGGUAGCAUGAAAGCUAUUCAACACGCUUCACGCACUCUCACCCCUGCUGAGCAAGCCUAUGGACAACCGGAAAAAGAAGCCCUAGCCCUCGUUUACGGAGUAACCAAAUUCCACAAGAUGCUGUUGGGUAGAAGAUUCACACUCCAGACGGACCAUAAGCCACUUCUGUCAAUUUUCGGAUCGAAAAAGGGUAUUCCGGUGCACACGGCAAAUCGCUUGCAGCGCUGGGCCCUCAUCAUGCUGAAUUACGAUUUCGACAUUCAGUACGUCUCAACAAACGAAUUUGGAUGUGCUGACAUGCUUUCCCGCCUUAUCGAUAGAAGCUUGCGCCCAGAGGAAGACUACAUCAUUGCUGCCGUUUCGCUCGAAGAAGACAUGGCAAGUAUCCUCAACACCACAAUCGAAGCAGUUCCAGUUUCGUUUCCAGCGCUCCGAGAUGCCACGAGUAAAUGCGAAGUUCUCCAACAAGUCAAGAAAUACAUUGUUGAUGGAUGGCCAGCUAAUCCAAAGCAAUUUGCCGAAGCUGCUCUUCCGUACUACAAUCGACGUGAAUCCCUCAGUAUUAUCAGCGAAUGCGUGAUGUUCAAGGAAAGGCCUGGACUGGAUGGUGCAAUCGAGGACUAUGUUCGACGCUGUAGUCACUGCGCUACUGCUGCUAAGGCUCCCGUCAAGGCGAAACCAGAACCAUGGCCCAAAACAGAGAAACCGUGGACACGUAUACACAUCGACUACGCUGGACCGGUUGAUGGCAACUACUUUCUGGUGGUCGUUGAUCCCUUUUCCAGAUGA